GAAAGUGUAUACUGAACAGAAGACACCAGAGAUGACUGCUACCAACCUCCAGCAGAACACAGGUCAAAGGCACAUCAGCGCCAAAGAGGAGAGGAAGCUACGGAAACCCCUCAUUGAGAGAAAGAGGAGGGAGAGAAUAAAUCACUGUCUGGAUCAACUGAGAGAGACUGUAGUCGGAGCAUUCAGGCUUGAUCAGUCUAAGUUGGAGAAAGCAGAUAUUCUGGAGAUGACGGUUAAACACUUGCAGAAUAUCCAGAGCACAAAGGUUUCUGACACUGUGCUGGACACAGAGGCCCAACAGAGGUACAGUACUGGGUACAUCCAGUGCAUGCAGGAAGUUCACAAUCUUCUUCUCUCCUGUGACUGGAUGGACAAAACCCUUGGGUCCCGCCUACUCAACCAUUUGCUCAAAUCUCUCCCAAGAACAGCCAAGGACUGCCCUCAGCAACUCAAGAACUGCCUGACAAGUAUUUCUUCUAACCAUAGUGACACUGUUGGUUUUCAUGCCGAUGAGUUGGAGAGCCCAAGAACCUGCCCUCCUUCUCCUGUCAUGCACGGGAGGGCCGCCCUGCCUCCUCAGAGUCAGUGCUCAACUCCCAUUCUUGACAUGUGGAGGCCCUGGUGAAAUAUCUGUUGGUGUACGUGAUUGUGUGUAUGUUUAUGUAAUAUAUGUUACUGAAUGUAUCGAUGUAUGCUGCCAGUCUGAGUGUGGAUGUGCAUUGGUGUGCGUCCACACACAGUGCAUAAGGGUGUAUGUACACCCAGUGUGCUGUCUGCGGUAGAGCCUCCUCUGAUAUGUAUCUUAUAGAUAUGCUUCUUUGCAAGCGUGUUUGAGGUGGAUCUAGUCCAGAAUAGCUCUCAUUACAGACCCUGUCUACUUCCUCUCUGAAGUAAAACUAAUGUAGCCUGCAUUGUAGAA